AAAAUGGUCAUAUUUACAUAUCUCUGGUCUGAAACACAUCAGAACAUCUCAGUUUUUUUUUCUUUUCCUUCCAGGUGGAGAAUAUGCCCUACACGCAUUGUUUAGACGAUGCUAAGGACAUGAACUUUCAGUGACGUUUACGGCCCUGAUUUCAGAUAAGAAAAUGACAUACUUAGAAACUAAAGCAGCAACAACAACUACCACAAUUGUCAAUGCUUUCUUAUCAUAAAUGAUACCGCAAGGGGAAAAAAAUAGUUUUUUUUUAACUUAAAAGAUUAUAGUAACACUAAUUUAAAGCCACGUGGUGCCAUAUAAUUAGUAAAUAUGACCAAUAGGAGUUUGAGGAAUGCUUUCAAAUGUCCUAUUGGAAAUAAAAUGAAUAGCUUAGAUUUUAUUUUUAUGCCUCCACUGAUAAAAAUAAAUAAAUAAGUAUCGCAGUAUUUCUGAAAUCCAUCUUAUGUCGCUGAUACUCCAGUCUUUCCAGAUGACGUUAAAUAAUAUUUCGGCUUUAGUGUGAUUACUGAGAACAGGAGACGCUCCUGUUAAAAGUCCAAGGGUUUGCAUUAGGGUGAUGUCACUGGCCAGCGGACAUCUCCACACUGUCGCUUUAAUUUCAGUGCGAUCCAGGGGGCAGGAUCGUGUUUAUUCCUCCUCCUCGACUCGGAGCGUUUGCGCCAACCGCAGCAGCAGCAGAUUGAAUGAAGUGUCUUUGCAGGCUGCUGGCCUCACGGAGGACACCGUGCUGGCUCGCUCAAGGAUGCCAGAGAUGUACGGCCAGAAAGCAUCGCUAUGUUUUUUUUUUCUUCUUUUUUUUUUUUUUUUCUUCAGCUCUUAGGAGGGCGGAUCUGAGCCUCGCCACAUUUCUCCAGCAGCCCCGUUUUUAAGAAGCUGCGGGGGCCUCGAGAAACCGUCCUCUCCGCCGCCUUGAUGGUAUCUGGACGGCAGCGCACGGCUCAGGCGACGAGCAGCUCUCUGCACGGGUGAUUAAGAACUUGGGAAAGGAAAUGGUCAAGAUGGCAGCUGUGUGCGGGAAGAUGAGGCUGAUGUGUUGGCAUUAGUUCCAGUAUUUUUCUUUAAUUUCUCUUUUGUCAUGCAGGAUCGCUGCGCAGGACGCGGGCGCUUGUGAAGGAACGCCGUUUGGAUUUCUCCAAGACUCCGCCGACCCUUCGCGUCUUUCGCCCCACAUUUAGAGAAAUUGCAAUGCAUGUUGGCCAGGGUGUGGGCUGUGCACGACAAAAGGCAAUGUCUUGUUAACGCUGGCCAGCCCGAUCGGCUCCGUGUGCUGCGGAUAGACGCCUUGCAGGAGGAUAGAAAGACGGACACGUGUUGGGACCGAGCUGCAGGCAGGACAUUUGCAUAUCGUGCAUAGUAAAUAAACUGCUCCCGAAGCCCGCACACAACAUUGAUGGAAUGCGACCUGAGUGAUUUUAUAACCCUUUGUGCAACCACCGAGAUAUUGCGAUUACCAUGGCUGAGGCGGCGCGUAACGACGGCGAGCCUCCCUCAAACGUUGAGAUAGAUCCGGAUUUCGAGCCCCAGAAGCGGCCACGGUCCUGCACUUGGCCCCUACCCCGUCCGGAGUCUGGUGCGGGCAAGCCCGGGGCAAAUGACACUGACGUAAUCCCCGAAGAAGAGGAUGAUGAGGAGGGAGGGAGCACGGGGAGCGGCGCUGCUCAGAAACCCAGCGGCGGUGUUGGUGUUAAACCCCUGGAGCCGAGCAGCGGCAGCGGCAGCAGCUCCAUCUCCCAUCCGGUGGAGGUCCAACGCGGCCCCUGCAAAGAGGAGGCCGCCGACGGCUCGCCUUCCUCCGCGCAGACCCCCGCUGCAGCUCUGGGCGGCUCUGCGUCCCAGCAGCUGAGGAAGUCCUCCGCCCGCAGGAAUGCUUGGGGCAACUACUCUUAUGCAGACCUCAUUACCCAAGCCAUCGAGAGCUCCCCCGAGAAAAGGCUGACCUUGUCCCAAAUCUAUGACUGGAUGGUGAGGUCUGUGCCAUAUUUCAAGGACAAAGGCGACAGCAAUAGCUCUGCUGGCUGGAAGAAUUCUAUCCGACACAAUCUGUCCCUCCAUAGCCGAUUCGUGAAAGUCCAGAAUGAAGGAACGGGGAAGAGCUCUUGGUGGAUGGUCAACCCGGAAGGAGGGAAAGGAGGCAAAGCUCCCCGGCGACGGGCCGUUUCAAUGGAUAACAGUAAGUACAUCAAAGGAGCCCGAGGGCGUGCUACCAAGAAGAAAGCCUCGCUGCAGGCCGCUCAAGAUGGCAGCUCUGAGAGCUCCUCGAGCCUCUCCAAAUGGACAGGCAGCCCCACCUCCCGCAGCAGUGACGAGCUGGACGCCUGGACAGACUUCCGCUCACGGACCAACUCCAAUGCCAGCACACUGAGCGGCCGUCUGUCCCCAAUCUUGGCUAACCUGGAGCUGGACGAGGUGCCCGAUGACGACUCGCCUCUCUCUCCGAUGCUAUACUCCAGUCCCAGCAGCAUGUCCCCGUCCACGGGACCCACAGGGCUCUCCGACCUGGCAGGUACCAUGAACCUCAACGACGGGCUCUCCGACAACCUGAUGGAUGAUCUUUUAGACAAUAUCAGCCUGACGGCAUCCCAGCAGCCUCCUCCUGGAGAGGAAGACAACGGAGCCAACAGUCCAGGGAGCUCAGUGUUUACCUUCAGCUGCUCAGGAAGCAGUUUGGGAAGUCCCUCCGGCAGCUACGGGCCCAACCCUCUUUUCAGCCCCCCGUCCAUCACGAGCCUGCGACAGUCGCCCAUGCAGACCAUCCAGGAGAACAAGCAGACCACCUUCUCCUGCCUCUCGCACUUCAGUGACCACCAGACUCUGCAGGAUCUGCUCAGCCUGGACUCCCACAGCCCCAGCAACGUGCUGCUCACCCAAUCCGACCCUUUGAUGUCGCAGGCCAGCACCGCCAUCGCCCUGCAGAACUCCCGCCGAAAUGCCAUGCUGCUCCGCAAAGACCACUUGCUGGUGAACCAAACCAGCGCGGGUCAGGCCCAAAGCUCUUCAGUGCCUGGUUGGCAAGCUGGCUUGUCAACCUCUGAGAGCGACGUCGGCCACUCCGAAGCCAAGCAGCCGCACCUGAAGUCUCCCAGUAAGAACGCCUCUAUGCAGCUCGGCACUGGCUUAUCCGGCCAGGACCGCUUUCCCGCCGAUCUGGACCUUGACGUGUUCAACGGCAGCCUGGAGUGUGACAUGGACUCCAUCAUCCGCAAUGAACUGAUGGACGCAGAUUGCCUGGACCUCAGCUUCGACUCUCGCCUCCCCUCCGCCCAGAACGUUAACAGGAAUUCAGGAAGCUUCUCCAGCUCCAAACAGACAUCCCCCCAGAGCUGGGUGCCAAGCUGAAAAGUUGUUAGAGCUCAAGUAUGAGUUUAAAAAAAAAGAAGAAGAAGCGGGGAAAAUGUAAAUUGGGUUCAGUGUCCAUUGCAUUGUGCAACUAGAGGGAAGAAAGUGCGUGAAAGUGUAUUUAUGUAGUAUUUUUAAUGUGAAACAUUAAAGCAACACUAUGUAACUUUUGCUCAGUUACAGGUCUGUGGUGCAUUAACUUACUUCUGGAGGAAACAGGAAUACAGUCUAUCAGUUCCUCAUGCAACAAACACAAAGUCAUCAUCACAAAACAAACCAGCAGCAUCAUCUCCUUCAGCCGAAUAAUACUUGUUAGUUUGGUACCGCUCACCGUCCCAAGUUUAGGAUACAGCCACAUGAGGCCAUGAAAUAAAAGAUCCCCUGCAAAAAAAAAAAGGCGACAGAUUUUCCAAUGCUCAUCCUGGCAUUUGUCUUGCAUCGUUUUAUUUUGUAAAGCCAACAUCUAGAAGUCGGUACGUCUAAUUUUGGAGACAUUCCUUGGUGCGUUUUCCUGGACGUGAUGUGCCUACUCGCGCAGUGCGUAAAACUAUGACAGUGCAAUCAAAUCAAACACUGCAGUUUGUAACGAUGACAAUUGAUCUUGCCAAGCAAACGUAUCAGAUCUUUAAAAAACGCUUCCCACUAACAAGUUGGUGGUUCUUAGCGGGGAAAAAAAAAUUGCCCCACAAAUUUGAUGGUUCAGCCCCUUCUGCUACUUAGCCAAGAUGGCGUCCGUCGAGUGUGGGAAGCGUUGAGCGUUUCACACUGACUGUCUGACAAUUACGAGCAUGCCAUCCGGUUAUUCGUAGAGCACAUACUCAUUCGAAAAAAAUAGUACGCUAAAAAAAGUAAGAUGGAUAAGAUCUGAGACACUUUUGGUCUCUUGCUUCUCUUAACAUCUUCCUCUUUUGUCUUUUCACCUCUGCCUUGAUUUCCCUAUUCAGAGAAUAUAUAUAUAUAUAUAUAUGUGUAUAUUUAACUCGUUCUACGGCAGCUGGUACCUAGCACCCAUGGCGUGUGACGCAGUGCUGUAAAGCACUUCUCACUUCUACAUAAUAGAAUGAAAAUGAGAAAGUCCCCCCACCCCCACCAUCUUCCUCUUACAAAUCAGCAUCACCAUCAAAAUGAUUUUGAGGCUGUUAUUUUUUAUUUAUUUAUUUUUUUUGGGAGGUAAAUAGCUGCAUAAUGUUGCUUUAAGUCCUGUACUGUAUUUUAAGUGUCUUCGCGGUGGAGGGAAAAAAAAAAGAAGAAAAAAAAGGGUUCUUUAAAAAGAUCAAUGCCGAUCGACAGUAUUGACUGGAAAGAAAGCAUCAACUCGUGUUAGACUCAGGGAAUCAUUCAUAUCACAAAGUGGUACGUGAAGCUGAAGAUGAAUUACAGUACGUGUUCACCCUGCUCUCUCUCCUCUUUCACUCCCCUUUUCAUACCCGAACAUUUUUGCCAAACCAGUUGUCAGUCCCGUCGUUGGCUGGCGGCCUGUUUACAGAAAAAAGCUGCAAAGAAUGUUACAUUAUUACGUUCCAGUGGAGGAUACUUGACAAGCUCUGUUUGUUGUUGUUGAUUUUUUUUUUUUUUUUUUAAGUUUAGCCUAAAUGGACUAAAAAGAUUUAAAAAAAACGAAAGCUUUUUUUUUUUCUUUUCCCAUCAACUCACACACCAAAUAUCAAUCUGUAGAGGUUAAUAUGUUAUCAAGAUGUGAACUGAUCGACAUUGUGUGUGUGUGUGUGUGUGUUUUUUUUUUUGUAUGUAACGUUUUAUUUAGCAAAUUUUACCCUGUGAUUUUAGUGACAUUACUGUGAAUUCUGUUUCUUCUGAAGAGGUGCAUUACUGAAGUAUUGAUAAUAUGUUUUUGCUGCAGACCCCUUUUCACCGUUUCCCCUCCCUCCUCCUCCUCCUCCUCCUCUUCCUCCUCUUCCACUCACCGCAAUAUUGAACUUUAGGACAGAAUUAAGGACAUGAUUUAGCUCUAGCUGACACCAUUAGCCAACACUUAACACUCGGAGACUCCGCGGCACUCAACUGCAACAUCUCUGUGUUCGUUUUCGAAGGAGUUCUCGGUGCUACACACAAAGAUAGCGGGGAGUGGCUGCAGACGGAGCUGCGUCAGUAGCCUCUCCUUUGUUAUCAGCACUAAAGCAGGUGCUGGGUUAAAAAUGGUGUUUCCGACCCUGUGAGAGAAGGGUGCGUAGUCUCUUAGAGCCAUUUCUUUUUUGCCAUUAAGGAAAGAAACGACCACAAUAUUUUAAAUAUUGCCAAAAGUUUUUUCUGCAUUUAAAUACGUGUAAACAAGAGGAUAUACAGUGUAUAGAUAUUAGAAACCAGUGUAACAAGGGCAAAAAAAAAAAAAAAAAAAAAAAAAUCUACAUCAGCACAGUUUUUGUAGGAACAGCAGGAUGACUUAUAUCCUUUUUUUUUUAAAGUUUACAUUAUUUUAACAGCUGGAAGUGGAUGAAGGAUGAGUUUGUCUCCUUGCUGUAUUGGACUCGAUCAUUUUUUUUUUUUUUUAAAGACACACUUUUAUUUAUUUAAAUUCCUCACAUUGCAAUACGUCCUCUUUUAUUUUUCCACCAUGUGUCGUGGGUCAGAGCCAUGUUAAAGAACUUUCUGUUUGACUGAUGGACCAUUUUGACCGCCUCAAAUGGGUAUUGAUCAGGACAAAUGGUCCCUGACAUUCUGUGUACCAGCGAGGAAAUCAAAAUGUCACGCAAUGUUUUAGUUUAACACUUUAAAUGCUGAAUCCAAUUGACUUUUUAAAUACAUAUAUAUCUAUAUCUAUAUAUAUAUGUAUAUAUGUAAGUCUGCACAACUGUGCUUCCAGAUAAACAAAAUGUUUUGUUGCCCUUUAGUGGAUGAUUUAAGAAAAAAAAAAUCAUUUGAGUGAAACUCACUGCCAGUAUCCACGUUUCAUUUCUUCCUAUUGCUCCUACAAACGAAUACAUCGACUUAACGUUGCCUGUUGUAAUUCCAAUUCUUCUCUUGGUUUUACCAGAGAUGGUGCAUGUAAAUAAAGCUUAAAGGACAACCGAGAA